AUGCCUCAAACGCCGCCCCUAGCUCCUCAAGACCGCAGCCGCUCGACUCCUGUUGAUGACUCCUUUUUGCUAAGUCUUCUACAGACUCUUUCACUAACCUCGCUUUGUGAAAAUACUUCCCAUCAAGGCACUGCUCGUAGUCUGCCCGUCCCCCCUGAAAGACCCUCUGCCUCGAACCUUGAUCCUCUAUCCCUUUCCCUUCCUUUGCCCUCUCCCGUAUUCCGUUCCGAAUUCACUCCUCACUGGAGUAAUGAUAAUCCUCACUGGAGUAAUGAUAAUCCUCAAAUCAGCCCCCGGCCUCAGGCACAAGUGCCUCCUCCCACUGAACCGCUUUCUAGAGCAGAGGCCUCUUCUUCAAGCCCUUCCCCACAAAAAAUCCCCCCCUUAAAACCUAUGCAGUCCCGGCCCUUCAACCAUCCCAACCCUCUGGGAUCGAACUCUCCUCAAGGGCCUGCCGCUACGAUGGAACAAAACCCACAACCCCCCUUUGUUCCUUCGUCAGCGCCUGCGAGUCGAGUGCAGGAGACUCUUCGAUCAGGAAAUCCUAUUCACGCCGGCAUGCAGCGGAGGCCUGAUGACCUGAGGCAGCCAAGGCAGCUCCCGUUGCCGCAAAGGCAACCUGAUCAUCAUGCGCCGCAAGGAGGGCAGCAAUAUAACUGGAAUUUUCCAGGUCGCGAAAUUAUUCCUCCAGCGCGUAAUAACCGCCCCCUUGAUGGACAGUGGAUGACAGGAGAAUUUCUUUGGAUUCGCGUUGGAGGCAAGCCUUUCAGACUGCCGACGCAGCUUUUAUCAGAGUACCCGUUCUGGUCUGCCCUUACCGUCUUCGAGCCGCCGCCGCAGGGCUGGUCUAUACCUGAUGCCAACCCCGAGAUUUUUACCAUUCUACUUGAAUGUGUGUAUACCAUCUCUGGCCUUCAUGGUACUGAGAGUGGGUUGAACUUGGUCAAGCUUUGCUAUGCAAUCAAUCUCGCCAAGAGAUGGGGCAUGAUAGAGGACCGCAAGAAGCUUCGAGAUACCGCCUAUCGCUACAUCGUCAGAAGAAUCAUGCACUAUGACCCGAAUGUGCCUGAUGAUUGCUGUGCUCUUGAUCACAGUCACUACACAUACCGAUCAGAGGAAUUGUAUCGCACCUGGGAACUUUCUCAGAAGCAUAACUCUAUCCAAAGGAUGCUCACUCAGCACGAUUUGAUCGCGUUAUACUGCUGCAUCGUUCCGCAAGACAUUUGGCCGACAUUGACAGCUCGUUUCAAGCAAGAAUUUACAAUGCUGCUCGAUAUUUCCGCAACGGCUCGCAGAAACUCAGCUGGCGUGACGGCCAACGCGGACUACCGUAGUUGGUGGCAUCAUUAUUACCGCUUGGCAGGCUUUCGGGACGCAAGCUGGUUGAGCCCUGAUGCGCAGAAUCGCCUCUUUGGGCCGCUGGGUCGUGAUGGGAAUAAUGCCUCCCGGGAGCGAGCAGAGUUCGAGGCUGCACGAGCGCGUGGAAGUGCGUUGGUGAAUGCACUUGAGGCACAGCAAGCACAACAGCGGCCAGUCACACCAGCUACUCUAGGCAUUCCCUCUGUUGUUGAGGAAAUUGAUGCCAGUCUUGAAAAUAAUCCUCCAUCAGCGCACCGCCGUGAGACCCGGCGCGUUCAUUUUGCACAGCUCCCGGAAAUCAUUAGAUUUUCUCGCCAACAUAGCGAAAUUCAAAUGAGUGCUCCUGAUACAGCUCUCGAUCCAGCUGAAGAGGAGACAAUCCACGCAGAAGCAGCACCGGCAGGUUAA